CCAUCAGCGCCCUCGGGGCUGGCUCGACUCUCGAGCUGCUCCAUCGGCGGACCUCGCUCAAGGGAACCUAUAAUCUUCUCUUCCUCGUCAGUGCGGCCAUAUCAUGCAAGGUAUUGCAAUAUGGUCCAUGCAUUUCAUCGCAAACCGGGCAAUCACGCUGCUGAAUGGUCAGCCGGAGCUGCAAAUCGUGUACUCGGUUCGCACGCGGGCGCCGUGUUCUGGAAUGCACUGGUGCGCUGCCUUGGGAACGAGGUACACGUUGCGACAUGUACCGGCUUCAGGCGAGAGCAACGCUUCGAGGAACACCACGGUCAUAGCACUCGUCUGUCUGUCUGUCGCCGCGUCUUGUGUCAUGAUUACCACGGCAGUUUGUCCGGCGAGGACGAGGAAGCGAUAUGCCGCAAAGGCGCAACAGAUCGUAUUGGCUGCGGCCGUGUUCGACGAUCGGGGUAGGAUCCUUGUCAGCCCAGAUGGCCUGCUGCCCAGCGAGACGAUUACGGAGACGUUCCCCCAAAAAUCAGCCAACGAUAUCUUCAGUACCGCCCACCCGCUCUUCCACUGGAUGUACAGGGCGUCUCGCAACUGGUCGAAUGUUGCGACCUUGCUCGACUGGAUGAGGACUCACUUGAACCGACUGUCCAGCGGUGGCGGCCGCGGCAUGAGGUCCGUUAAACUAGUCCAGGAGAAUGGCCAACUUGUCCAAAACUACGACAUGAUAUUCCGCGAGCUGUUCUGCAUAGCUGCGUCAACCCUGUCGUACAGGUUGGGCGAGGUCCUCGUCAAUGCUGGGGCACUUUGGGACGAGAUUUUUGUCACAGGCACUGCCGGUGAACCACGGCCGCUCACCAGGCUUGGGACCACCGUCAACGGGAUUGUCAGCCCUAAUGGCACGGAUGUCAGCAUGCAGUCAAAGGCCGGAGACGCCCAAGCCCGACACGAUCUGCUCGAAACAGGGGUAAGGCAAAGCCAGGACCUGAUCGGCCGGGGUUGCCUGCUGGUCUUGGUGCGGCACCUUAGUGCACCUCGUGAGAUAGCCAGGUUAGAAGCUUCCGGGUUCCAGUUCGCCGAGCCAUGCCGUGUCGUCGACAUCAUCCGAUCGAGCAUGCAAAUUAGGACGAGGCGGCUUGAGGAGAAACUGCUCGACAUGGCCACUUACAAAGAAGACAAGGCUGAGGUUGAGCCCGGAGUAUACCUCGGCAUCUUUGCUCUACGGGCUCGGCUGGACCGAUUCGGAUUUGACGUGCUGGUCAACAGAGAGUCGCGAAACGCUCUCCCAAUGGUCCCGUUAGGUUUGGAGAAGCUUGAACGAUGGCACCAUGACUUCCUCCGCAGCCUCGACGGGAUGCCCGUUCCCACGCUCCUUCGACAACUGGAGUUGAACAGGGGCCGCUCGCGGCUUGAGGACCAGUUUGCCGCCCAGCUUCGAGGAGGAAUCUCCACCCUGCAGACAUCCGAGAAGCGAGCAAUUAUCGAGCAGAUCAGUUGAUUCAACCAGGGAGCUCGAGUGCGGUCGAUGUUCCCCAGAAAGGUCGGAGUAGUCUUGCUGCUGGCAAGAAACGCUCCUCCAGUCAGACGGAGGCCCCUCUACCACCGAGCAAGCGAUCUUGCUCUGCGUCACCAACCAUGGCUAGCGGUCCUGCACUGCCGAACCGGGUGCAUCGUCGCGUCAUCGUUCAGGAUUGUGGGACGCCGAUCUACAAAGCCAAGUCGCCUUCGGUGCUGCUCUCAGUGCUGAGCGACUG